AUGGAGGAAGUCCCUCUAUUGAGACAUAUUCAGAAAAGGCUUACUGAUGAAGACAACAGAAGAUUAAAUGAUUUUCCUUCAAUGGAGGAAGUUAAAAAAGUAGUGUUUGAUCUCAAUGGGGACAGUGCUAGUGGUAUUGAUGGUUUUACGGGACAUUUUUUCCAACAAUGUUGGGAUAUAAUUGGGGAUGAUGUGGUUAAUGUGGUUGGUGCUUUCUUUAAUGGUGUCACCCUUCCUAAGUCUAUUACACAUACUAAUUUGGUCCUACUUCCAAACAAAGAUAUUUGUCAAUCUUUCUCAGACAUGAGGCCAAUUAGUUUGAGUAAUUUUCUUAAUAAAGUGAUCUCAAGGGUGAUGAAUGAUAGAGUCGGGGUUCUUUUUCCAUCCCUGAUUUCAGAAAAUCAGUUUGGCUUUGUGAAAGGAAGAAGCAUUACUGAAAAUGUGUUACUUGCUCAGGAGAUUAUUGUUGAUAUCAGAAAAAGGGGUAAGCCAGCAAAUGUGGUGAUCAAGUUGGAUAUGGCAAAAUCAUACGAUAUGGCUAAUGGUUUCUUUCACUCAUCUAGGGGAGUGAAACAAGGGGAUCCUCUAUCCCCUGCUUUGUUCAUACUAACUGCUGAAGUUCUAUCCCAAAGCUUAAAUGCUUCGUUCUGUAAUGAGGUCUACAAGGGGUUUGGAUUACCAACAUGGAGUGAUCAGAUUAAUCAUCUUGCAUAUGUAGAUGAUACUAUUAUUUUUACGUCAGCAAAUGGCAAUUCAUUAGAUGUAUUGAUGACAACUCUGAGAGAUUAUGAGAAGCAAUCAGGGCAGAUGAUUAAUAAAGAAAAAAGUUCUUUUUUUGUCUUUCAUAAUACAUCACAUGAUUUGAUCUUAGAUAUAGAAGCAAAAACUGGCUUUAUUAGAGGCAAGUUUCCACUAAUGUAUUUGGGAUGCCCAAUUGGUCAUGCCAAGAAGAAAAGAGUUCCUCUGGACAGUGCUAGAAAUGUGCAAUUGGAUAAAGUGAAACAGUGUUUUUUGAAUGGGGAAUGGAACUAUGACUUGCUUCAAACAAGUUUUGGGAAUGAUAUUAGUAGACAUAUAAUACAAUUCUUGAGGAGUUCAGAAGAUGAACAGCAGUGGAAUAAACCAUGGUGGAUGCUGAAGACUUCUGGAAAAUUCACUGUAGGUUCUGCAUGGGAUUUUCUAAGGAAGAAGCAAGAAGUCUGUUUAAAAUAUAAGUAUAUUUGGAGUGCAGGAAUUCCUUUUAAGAUAUCGUUCUUCAAUUGGAGGCCAUGGAAACAAAAACUUCCUAUUGGAGAAGUUCUUAUCAGGAAUAUGAUGGGCGAUGGGGUAGUGAUCAACAGGUGUGGAGAGCCCUUUCUUAAAGAUACUUUGUAUAAAUGGUGGAAUGCAGAUGUUUCUGCAAAACUUAAACCUGUUUUAAUGGUUGUGCCACUGUUUAUUUGUUGGCAAGUGUGGAGGAGAAGAAAUGCCUUGAAAUUUGGUGGUUCUAUGUCUUAUCUGGGUAUGAGAGGAGGGAUAGCAAAUAAUUUAAUUCUAUUGGCUAGGCAGCUGUAUCCUUGGAUGUACCACCUGCCUAAUAACUGGCCUGAAUUGGUUAGAUAUUUGACAGGGUAUACUCCUAGAAUUGGUUGUAAGGUGGUUUAUUGGAAAUUACCUAGACAGAAUACAUUCAAAUGA